GUGGUAUUUGAAGCUAGCAAAAGAGCUUCAAUUCUUCAUAAUGCUCAUAAAGAACUAGGACAUCAAGGAGUUCAAGCAACUUUUGAGACCAUAUACUACCAAUUUUAUUGGCCUCAUUUGUACACCAAUGUUAAACAUCAUGUGCAAUCUUGUCAUGACUGCCAAGUACACAGUGUCAAGAAGAUGCAUAUUCCAAUCACUGUUUCUACCCCCGCGACUAUAUUUGUAAAGAUUUAUAUGGAUAUUAUGAAGAUGCCUUCAGCUGCAGGCCACAAAAAUCUUGUGAUUGCUAGAGACGAUAUAUCCUGUUAUAUUGAAGGAAGAGCUUUACAAUCCCCAUCAGCCAAAGCUAUGGCUAAGUUU